GAAUACGCUCCCUCCAAUCAAGAAAGAUGGGUUCCAUUACAGCAGCUAAUAAGAAACCUCAUGCCGUAUUCAUCCCCUACCCAACUCAAAGCCACAUAAAAGCAUUGCUUAAACUGUCAAAGCUCCUCCACCAUAGAGGUUUUCACAUAACCUUUGUCAACACCGACUUCAAUCACCGCCGUUUCCUUAAAUCUCAAGGCCCAAACUCCCUCGAUGGCUUGCCGGGUUUUCGAUUCGAAGCCAUUCCCGAUGGCCUGCCGCUAUCUGAAGAAGAUGCCACCCAGGACAUCACUCUUCUUUGUCAAUACAUUAGAAAAAGAUCAAUGGUUGCUCCAUUUCUUGAACUUCUUACCAAGCUCAAUCACAAAGCAACCACUUCCAACAUUGAUCCGCCAGUGACUUGUAUCGUCUCCGACGGCCUCAUGCUGUACACCACCGAAGUUUCUGAAAAAAUUGGAGUUCCAGACUUGAAGUUCUUUCCUUUCUCUGCUUGUGGUUUCAUGGGGUUCAGACACAGUCGCACUCUUAUGGAGAAAGGAAUUAUACCACUCAAAGAUGAAGCCUGUUUAACGAAUGGAUUUCUGGACACGGUUAUCGAUUGGAUUCCGGGAUUCGAAGGCAUACGUUUGAAGGAUUUUUCAUCCUUCAUUCGAACAACAAAUCCAAAUGAAACUCUGCUCGACUACUCUUCCACAACAACCGUGGGACUUGAGAAAGCUUCAGCUCUCAUCUUGCAUACUUUCGAUGCUUUGGAGUCACAUGUUCUGAAGGCAGUCUCAUCUAUGUAUCCCCAUACCUACGCCAUCGGUCCUCUCCAACUUCUUCUCGAUCGCAUACCGGAAAACUCAUCGAAACAAGUCGGAUACAGUCUCUGGAAAGAAGACACUGAGUGUCUCAAAUGGCUCGACACGAAGCCACCGAACUCGGUCCUUUAUGUGAAUUUCGGAAGCAUAGCCGUGACGACGCCGAAGCAGCUCGUGGAGUUUGGUAUGGGGCUUGCGAAUAGCAAGCAGAACUUCUUGUGGAUAAUUAGGCCCGAUUUGGUCGCCGGAGAAUCUGCCAUUUUGCCGGCGGAGUUCGCGGCGGAGACUAAAGAAAGAGGGAAAAUAGCAAGCUGGUGUCCACAAGAGCAGGUCCUGAACCAUCCUUCGGUUGGAGGGUUUUUGACACACUGUGGCUGGAAUUCAAUCGUUGAGAGUUUGUCUGCCGGAGUUCCCAUGCUGUGUUGGCCAUUUUUCGCCGAGCAGCAAACGAAUUGCAGAUACAGUUGCGUCGAAUGGGAGGUUGGCAUGGAGAUUGAUAACGAUGUGAAGAGAGAUGAAGUUGAAAAGCUUGUGAGAGAGUUAAUGGAGGGAGACAAGGGUAAGAAAAUGAAAAGCAAGGCCAUGGAAUGGAAGAAACUUGUGGAACAUGCUACUAGUCCCAAUGGUUCUUCGUCCAUAAACUUAGAUAGGUUGGUGAACCAAGUGCUUUCAAAGAAUCAAAAUUAGAAUAUAUAUAUAUAUAUAUAUAUAUACCCUUAUAAGUGAAAGAAAGUAUAUAUCUAUCUAGCUAAUCUGCUUUCUUUAUAUAUUUUAAGAUGUAAUAAAUUUGUUCAAAUAAGUUGUGGUUUUUUUAUGAA